CCAGUGCCGCAAGAAGCAGAGACGGCUUGGCCUCCUCGAUCGCCCCACGAAGCCCUCAUGAGCACCCCCAAGGGCCGCCAGCGCUACCGGGAAAUGAUGGACCAGACCUCUCCCUCGCCUUCUCCAUCCAUGAGCACCGGCAGGGCACUGGCCUCCGUCAUGGCCCGAUCCGGCGCGCUUCAGGAACAGAUGGAUGACGACGACGACGAUGACGAGGAGACGCUCCAGCUCAAGCUACAAGAGAUCCAGGCCCGCCUCAAGCUGAAGAAGCUGCAAAAGGCCAAGGAGAAUGCCGCCCAGGGUAGGCCCGACAGGAGGCAUUCCCGCUCCAACUCGGCCGCGUCAGUUCUCCAGGCACAGCGUGGCGCCCGCGGGACAACGCCGCCAACGUCGGAAAACACUCGGCCGUCUUCACAGACCAAUGUGCAGGUUCCUGCCUCUCCAAUCAGGAAAGUGCAAGCUCAGUCCGAUCCAAAAUCGCCAAGUAGGGUGCUGCUGGGGAUCGACAAGGGCUUGCGGGCAAAGGACGUUUCGCUGAAGCGCGCUCCGAGCUUUCGCAGGACGGGCAGCGCCGAUGGAGCGGCCCAGAGAUCGUUUCUCCAGAGGUCCAAGGCGACGAGCCCGUCGAGAACAAGGUCGCCCGAAGGAGUCCGGCCGCUCAGCUUCAAUGAGCGUCUGGCGUCCGCAAGGAUAGAGGAGGUGUCGCGUGCCGAAAGGCAAGAGAGGAUAUCGCAACUGAGGACCAGCGCAUUCGCCAUUGGCAAAGACGAGAUGGAGGAGUACAAGAAGAACGCCGUGGAGAUUCCCGAUGAGCCUCUGCCUGCCCCGUCUUUCAGCAGAGACGAGGUCCUGGGCAAGAAGCCGGCUGCCCCAGCGUUGCAACGGACCAGGACGGCCUCUGAUCUGCGCAGUGCUGCGGAGAGGGACAGCAACCCUCCUCCGUUUGGGCCGUCGAUCCGCGACCGCACGAACAGCCUGACGGCCAGCGAAGCAUCGACGGAGGAGCAGGGCGCAUUUGAGCCCUACUCUAGUCUACACCUGUCCAAGCGAAUCCUCCCCCAUCGAGUGGUUGCCAGGCAUAUAUCUGGCAAGAAAGUCUUCAACGUCAAGGAUCUCCUGCGAGAGGUCAAGGCUCCAGACUUUGCCCUGCCCGAUGUCGAGGAGGACAUUGUCGUUUUCGCCAUUGUGGCCAAGAAAUCCGAGCCUCGAGCACACAAACCUGUCCCCGGGAAGAACGGGCAGAAGGAGGAAGACCGUGGCAAGUACAUGGUACUGUCUCUGGUUGAUCUGGAAUGGGAAGUAGACCUGUUCCUGUUCAAUACGGGCUUCACCAGGUACUGGAAGCUCACCGAAGGCACCGUCAUCGCCAUCCUCAAUCCCUCCGUGAUGCCGCCGCCCCCCGGACGGCAAGAUACUGGGCGCUUCAGCCUGGUCAUCAAUUCCGACGAGGAUACGAUCCUGGAAAUCGGGGCGGCUCGCGACUUGGGCUUCUGCCAAUCGGUCAAGAAGGAUGGGGAGGCGUGCAAGUCGUGGGUGAACAAGAAACGGACGCAGUACUGCGAGUUCCACUCCAACGAAGCCAUUCGAAAACAGCGGGCGACACGCAUGGAAGUCAACUCGGCCGGCUUUGGCGCCCGCAGCCGGUUCCAGGGCAAGAACUCGGCAGAGAUCUUUAUGCCAAAGAAGCCCAACAACUACGACUGGGAAACGAAGACGCAUUGGUACGUGUCACGCGGACAUACGGCUGCGGAACUGCUCGACGGCAAGGACAGGGAGCCCUCGGAUCGAAAGGACAAGGCCGAGUUUCUACGACGAAGCAUGGAGGCCAAGGAGAAGGAGCGCGAGAUGAUGAAGAAGCUCGGCCAGGUCGGUAAUGCCGCCGGUAGAGAGUACAGGCAGCGUUCAAGAUCCCGAAGCGACGCCGGCGGCCUAGCACCCAGCAGCAUGAGCCUGAGCCAGCAGAUGUCCAGCACAGCCGACCCCUUUGCGGAGCCUGAAAGGCCGGACGCCGGCUCUCUCGGCCUCCUCGACAGGUCCCGAGACAUCCACCUGAGUCCCGUUAAGAGGAAACGGACAGGCAGCUCUCAGACUGGCUCCAUGACGCGGAGCAACAGCAGUAACAGCAGCAGCACGACCUACAGCAGGCCGACGGGCCUGGGAUGGGGCGGUGCGCUCAAGGACAAGCUGUCGAGCAUGAAGGACGGGGAGAAGCUCAAGCCGGAACAGCCCCCGCUUAGGAAGAAGACGCGGUUCGUGACAGAAAAGGGCAUCAGGGAGGCCGGGCGCGAGAGCUUUGGCAACUUGGCCGAGAAGAAUCUGGCCGACCGGCAGGUGAUUCUCCAAGACGACGACGACGAUGACGAGCUAGUCAUUGUG